ACCAGAGCACAGUUGGUUCACUGCCUUCGUGUCUGGUCUCAAGAUGUCACAGAUAUGGAGUCUGCUCUGCCUCCUCAUUGGCACAUCAUAUGCGGCUGAGAUCUGUUUUGAUGAGCUGGGCUGCUACAAUAACCUUCCUCCCUGGGGGGGCACUAAUCAGAGACCAGCCACCACCCUGCCCUGGCACCCUGACGAGAUGGGCACCCGCUUCCUCCUCUACCCAGAAAACCGUUACUACCAGGAUAUCAAGAUGGACAAAACCAUCCAGGCAUCAAACUAUAGUGGGAGGAGAAAGACUCGAUUCAUUAUUCCUGGCUAUCUGAAGAAAGGAGAUGAGGACUGGCCACAGGAGAUGUGUCGGGUUGUGCUGAAGCGGGAGAAUGUGAACUGCAUUGCUGUAGAGUGGAAGAAGGGUGUGAAGACUCUGUAUGCCCAGGCUGCCAAUAAUGGCAGGGUGGUUGCUGCCCAGGUGGCGUCCAUGAUCAGUUUCCUCAUGAGCACUUACAAGCAUCAGGCUGAUAAGUUCCAUGUUAUCGGACACAGCCUUGGAGCUCAUGUUGCAGGAGAUGUUGGUAACAGGACCGUUGGCCUUGCACGUAUCACAGGACUAGACCCAGCUGAACCUUACUUCCAGGACACUGAUGUCUCUGUACGCCUGGACACCAGCGACGCCACCUUUGUGGAUGUUAUACACACUGAUGGUCUUCCUUUCAACUCCAAACUUGGUCUGGGGAUGUCACAGCCUGUGGGACACAUUGAUUUCUACCCCAAUGGAGGAGAACUAAUGCCUGGCUGCUCUGCCAACAAAGGCAGGCCCACUGACCUGGAUGCCAUCUGGCAGGGUACCAAGAGGUUUGAUGCCUGCAACCAUGUCCGAGCCUACGAGUACUACAGUGAGAGCAUGGUUAAACCUAACGGCUUUGUCGGAUAUGCCUGCUCUGACAAGGACAGCUUUGCUGCUGGAAAGUGUUUCCCAUAUGCAGACAGCAAAUGUCCUCUGAUGGGCUACUAUGCUGACAGGUUCACUAUGACUGAUGGUAUUUCAAAGACGAAGUACUUCCUCAACACGGGCAGUUCAAAGCCCUUUGGCCGUUACAGCUACAGAGUGAAACUGACCCUGGAUAGUGCCAGCGGGUCUAACCUGGGCUACAUGUAUGUGGCACUAGCUGGAGCCAGUGCCAGCACCAAGGAGCACCAGAUUCAUUCGGGUUCACUGAAGCCUGGGACGAUCUAUGAGGCACUGAUCGACGCUGAGGUGGACGUUGGUCAUGUGAAAGAAGUGAAGUUCCGGUGGAACAACCACAUCAUUAACCCAAUGAAACCCACGUAUGGUGCAUCCAAGGUGGAGCUGCAGAGUGGAAAAGACAAAAAGAUCUUCUUCUUCUGUGGAACAGAGAAUGUGAAGGAGAACGCCAUCCAGUCUGUGUUUCCAUGCCCAGUUUAACUCGUCACCAUCACCAUGUUAUUCAGAGUCUGUCAAUAAACAGUCUGCAUUCACA